AUGACAAGUCAAGAGCAAAGCGCAACCGCGAGAAGCCGCGACUAUCAAACGCUCGUGGCGAAAAGACUAAAGGAUGCUGGAAUCCUCGCCCGCGAAAUUAGGCCCGGGAAUGUGCAGGAGCUACUCCACCACCACUACUACGUCAGCGUCGCAGUAGUGGCUAUCAAAAUUUCUCUUCAGAAAACCUCGCAAGACGAAUUUACAGUAGACGAGGAUAAAGAAAAUAGGAAUGAUAUGCUUGACGUGACCAAUGAUAUUGAUGAUGUUUAUGAAGAGGAUACCAAUACAGACAGGAUGUUGGAGAAAAUAUGUAUGCUUCUUGAACAGGAGCUAACCUCCUUCCCUUAUUGUAUUGGGAGUGGAGAGAAGGCAGCGGAUAUAGAAAUUUUUGGUACUGGGGUAAAACUUGUGGUUGCGAAGGUAUAUGACAUCAUAUUAUUUCUUGUGUUUAAUUCUUUUAUUAGCAUUAAUACAUAUCUGGUAGAAUGUGGGAUGUUUAUGGGGAAUACAUAUAGUCUUACCAGUGGUGAUGUUGUGGUGUGGAUUGAUGGACAGGAGGUGGCACCAGGACAUCGAAUGACCAUUCGUCCUG